CUGUGCUCGUGUUCUCAUAGUUUCAUUCCGUGGUCGUUCGUUCCUAUAGAAUUUGUCUUUUCUCUUCAGGCUGGUCUAACCAACUACGCCGCAGCUUAUUCCACUGGUCUUCUACUAGCGCGCCGUUAUUUGAAGAAAACUGAUUUACACAACAUUGAAAAGCAGGACGAAUGCUGCCCUAAACUAGUUCUGGAUGUUGGCUUGGCUCGUGCCACAGUUGGUUGCAAAGCAUUUGCAGUAAUGAAGGGAGCCGUCGAUGGUGGAAUGAACAUCCCGCAUAGGGAGAGCAAGUUUUUUGGAUACGACUGCGAAUCGGAAAAUUAUGAUGCAAAUGCUCACCGUGAUCGUAUCUUUGGAAAACACGUUGCGGAUUACAUGCGGCUCCUGAAAGCGGAGAAUGAACUAGCUUAUAAAAAGCAAUUUUCACAAUUCAUAGAAAAUGGCAUCAAUGCGGACAAUCUAGAGGAGAUAUACAAGAAAGCACAUGCUGCAAUUCGCGAAAAUCCUGAUCGGGAGAAAUGCUCGCUUAUGAAGAAAUUGGAAAAGGCUAAGUGGAGUUCCAAUAAUUUUGCCCACAAAAGCUGGCAAAAAUUCAAUUUUACAGGACAGAAAUACGACUGCCAGCUUGAGAAAAUGAAUGUACCAGAUAAAAUCGACAGUGUUUCCGCAGUAAGAAAACCUUUUUUUGCAGAUAAAUUGCUGUUGUUAUUGUUCUUUCUACAUAAUUCAAAUCUUUCUAAAGUUGUUGACUUUAAAAAAACACAAUGA